GUCAAGCGCCCCCCGAACGCGCUCAUACUCUUCCGCCGCUAUGUCACCUCCAACAGGAAGACGAUGCUCGAAAAUAUCGAGAUGGACGACAGCAAACUCAGCGAGCUCAUAGGGUCGAUGUGGCGGAAGAAGACCAUGAAGGAGCGCGAGCCGUGGUUCGCCGCCGCCGCCGCCGAGAAGCGCUUGCACGAGGUGAAACACCCCGAAUACAAGUUCGCGCCC